AUGCAUGCUCUAAAUAUACAGGUCCAUAAUAAGCAUUAUAAGUCGUGGUCGUUGAUAGCGAAAAGAGUACCUGGAAGAACAGACAACCAAGUAAAGAAUUAUUGGAACACACAUCUUAGCAAGAAACUCGGCUUGGGAGAUCAUUCAUUUGCGGCCAAACCCGCUUGUGACGUGGAGACUCCACCGUCUUUGGUCGUCACAACCACAACUUCUCCCUCUCUUCAAGACGACAUCACUGGAGAAAAAGUUUCAACUUUAAGAUUUGACACAUUAUACGACGAUUCCAAACUCAAACCAAAACCCAAACCCAAACCGGUCUACUCAAUACAAACCAACGUCGAAAUUGCAGCCACGGUUUCAAAUCUGUGCGACACCUUCUGGGUUCUUGAAGACGACUUCGAGCUUAGUUCACUCACUAUGAUGGAUUUUGCUAAAGGAUAUUGCCUCUGAAUAUCAUUUAUGAUUGGCUUCUAAGAAGUAAUGAUCGAAUAUUAGACUAUAAUGAACAAGAAAAAGAAUAUUAAU